AUGGCCGGCCGCUUCCCGGUGCUCAGCACCUCCAACCUGCCUCCGGCAUCAGCUUCAGAACAGUCUGCCACAGCUUCGCCAGCACGCGGAUCUGCGAUGCUGAAUUCGAUCUUCAAGUCCGUCCGUGUUCCCGAGUUCCGCUUCCGGUGGAUGUUCUGGGCGGAGAAGGGGCAGCAAAGCGGUUCCAAGGACAAGACAGCACAACUUGAGGAGUACGCAUCACGGCCGAAGCCACUUGGCGAGCAGAUCAUCAGCAUCAAGGAGUUUUACCAGCAUUUCAACAACAUUCCCGUCGAGAGCCUGAAACUGCGCGACUCGAUCCAUCUCUUUCACAUGGGCAUCAAGCCAGUGUGGGAGGAUCCGCGAAACGCGCGGGGCGGGGCGUGGUACUUCAAGGUCACCAAGGACGUCGCGCCACAGUUCUGGCACGAGCUUUGCCUGCUUGCUGUUGGCGACGUUCUGCAGGGUGCUGUUGAGACGAAGCGUGCUUCGUUUAACGACGAUAUCUGCGGUCUUUCGUACUCUGUCCGCUGGAACGCGGUGCAGAUUGCUGUUUGGAAUCGCGACGCAGACAACAAGGCGGGACGAGAGAAGCUGCUCGCUGUCAUACUGGAAAAGCUGUCGCCCGAGCUCCAGCCCAAGAAGGAGGACAGCUACUGGUACAAGGCGCACAACGAGCACAAGGGCUUCAUCGCGCAGGAGGAGACGAAUGCGUAA